AUGGAUCGACCCGCGCCAAAGAAAGGAAGCGAAGAAUGCGUCGCUAAUCCUCGACUAAAUGAUUGGUUUAUGGGUCGGAUUUAUCUAAUAUUGUGCAGAGCUUGUCACCCCUUUGAUGAUGGUCGAGUAAAAUCUUUAUCAUUCUUUCUCUCUUCCUAUAUCUCACAUACCCGCUUCUCUCUCUUUCCUUCCCGUCUUUUAUCCACUGACAUUUUUCUCAUAUUCCGAUUAUCGCUCCGUGAGCGACUGGCAGUGUCCGGCACGUUCCAAGCCCUCAAGCGUAAACAGUCGAACAUAGCUAGUGACAAACUGACAGGGACCAACUGGAUACAUCAGGAUGAAGAAGAUAAAAGAAUAAAAUCUAUUUAUUUCGAAUCUUUCAUAAAUCCUUUUCUUCUUAUUUUAUUUUCAAAUAUUUAUACUCUUAUUCCCUCCUCUCUCUCUCUCUCUCUCUCUCUCUCUCUCUCUAUCUAUCUAUCUAUCUAUCUAUCCGUAAACAUCUUCCUUUCUCUUUCUUUUUUUCCUCUCCAUCUUGUCAUCUUCCUUUUUAUUACACUACUACCAUUUCUCUGA